UAUUUUCUUUAAACCGCCUUACACAAACUAUUUGAAACAGACUGUAGUGGCGGAACGGAGCGUGUGAACUGAACAUUACUAAACUAUCGACUAUUUGCUAAUGUACACGUGAAGUGUUCGGAUGGUAACAAUAGCGGUCAAGUAAAUUCAUUUUUUGUUGGAUUUAAAGAAACUUAUAGCUAUUUUUAAAGAUGUCUGAAGGGGCAAGCGGCAAUUCAGGAGCGAAAAGGGUUGUUGCCAUAGCAAUCGAUGGCAGUGACAAUGCGAGAGAGGCCUUUAAAUUUUACGUGAAAAACGUGCGAAAAGAGGGCGACAAAGUUUACCUCAUUCAUGCUGUGGAAAUAAACAGUGUUCUCCAUUCAACACAAUGGUAUAGCUCGCCAUAUUCGUUCGAUAAAGAAAUGCUACAUAAUUUAUUAGAGGAAGAGAAGGGAAAGAUAAAGGCAAAGCUGGAGAAGUUUGCAGAGCUUCUUAAAGAAACUGGGUGUGACGGUACGGUGAAGAGUAUUCAUGCAGAAUCCCCGGGUGCUGGUAUAUGCAAGGCCGCUUCCGAAAUAAAUGCUUCCCUAGUUGUUAUUGGCACUCGAGGAUUGGGAAAAAUUCGACGCACUUUCAUGGGCAGCGUCAGUGAUUACGUGCUACAUCACGCGCACGUGCCUGUGCUAAUUUGUAGGCAUGAGGAUGUGGCGGAACAGCAAGAACAACAUCAGAAAAAACAAUAACCCUUAAUCAUUACUCAGGUAGUUGUGACGUAAAUCUGUUUAAAUAAAUAGAGACUGUUUCAUCUUAACUCAUUCAAUCAAUUUCGUGCAUAAAUAUUUCCUGCUCUAUGUCUCCUGCCUUAACGUGACGUCACGUGUUAUAAUACAAAAUUUGUAUGAUUUAACGCUUACAAAGUGCAAAAACAGUAUAAAGAUAAUAAUUUAAACGCUGUUCAUGACAAGUAUGAUAAACUUUAGAACAAAAACGCAUGAUGGACGCUGUUUUGAAGAAAGUGACAAAAUUAAAAAAUCAACAACAACAAAACAAUUAACAAAACAACAACAGCAACAACAACAAAACAACGUAAGUCUGUGGUCAUAAAAGAUAUUUUGUUGGAUGUGUAUUACCAUUUCCUUAAAUUAUAGAUGUAUGCAUAUUUUAUAACUAUAUAAAGAUUAAAACAGUUGUUUUAAGUGUUCAGGUUUACUUGUGUAUGUUUACAUAAAUGUAUUCAAGAGGGUUUAGAUAUGAGUAUAUACAUGUGUAUGCUAUUGAAUUAUUUUCCUUGUCAGACAUUAACUUAAAUAAUCGGAGUUUACUAUGUUUAUUUACUACAUGUGUAUGUCCAUUCUCCCCAUUCCAUUAUAUUUUCUAUCAGGUUGUAUUAUCCUUUAAAGGCACACCACGAUCAAACUAUUUUUUGAUCAAACUAUUUUCUGCGUUAUUUUUUUUAUAUAAAUAUGUGUGGAUAUUUGAAUAUUUACUCAAGUGCGAAAUUAAACUCAACAUGCGAAAUUAAAUUCAACAUGAGCUGUUCAUAAAUAUUUAAUUUUCUUAUAUUACAUUCAAUCAUUUAAUGCAAAUGUUUUCAUUUAAUUCAAUUUCUCGAUCUAGUGGAUAUGUGUUAUGCAAAGGCUUGCCAUGUUUACAAUGCUUAAAAGUCCACCUCUGAAAUGUGUCAAAUGCAAAUUUACAUUAUUUUAAAAGCUCAACCACAAUUUAAUCUGCUGGUCAUACUUUCACCAAUAUAGGAUUUAGCAAAAUUAGAUCGUGUUGGGUCUUUAAUAAAUAUUUAGUAUAGCUAUUACGUACUGACAUGUCUUUUUUAUUCGAUGUAUAAAUACAAUAAAGUUCAGUUUCGUAUGUAAGCCUGUGUAAAAAAUGAAACGUGAUUUCUUUGUUGUAGAAACUAUUAAAAUCUGUACCAAUAAGUCAUUAUUACUAUUCACUAAUUCAGAUUUCUGUUAAUUUAGAUGAAUAACUUUUAAACUGGAUAUAUCUCACACAUUUUUUAAUAAUUAGAGCGGAAUACAUAAAAAACGAAGACAAUUUUUGAUUGAUGGUCGUUAACCAUGCAGAAAUUGGCUUUCUAUAAUUGCUCUUUUCAUAAUUUCAUAAUCAACAAGUAUAUCAAAUAACGAGCUAUAAAAUGAUUUUUAAAUACGUCAGUGAUUUACAAAACUACUCAUUUUUGAGCAGUCAUAUAUGGUUUUUUUACACACCAGUAAAGUGACUUUCUUGCACAACUCAGAAUAUAUACAUGUAUUUGCACUAAUAAGACAUGCAUUUUGUAACAGUAAUUUUUUCUACGAUCCAAAAAUGUUUUUGGAUUCAUGAAUGUGUUUUGUUUUUCAUGCUAUUUUAUUACCAAUGCAAAAAGGUGACGAUUUUAAAGGGACCAUCAGCUUGUUAUUUAUUAAAUUAUCAUAGAAACAAAACGAUACAUUUUUGUACAUGGAAAUUAAACAUGUUACAUGUAUGUUAUAAAAAUGUCAUCUGUCCAUAAUUACCGGUAACCGUAUAUAAAAAGUUACAAAUUUAAGAGGACCACUUUUUCUUGUUCAAUGUUUUACCAAUCAAAGUUUCACAGCUUGAAUGAUGCAAAGUGUAUGCUAUAUAAUAAAAUUAAACAUCGUAUUGUAUAGUCCAUGUGUUAGUCAAGACUUUUAGUAUGUCCCAGAUUUUCUGUUUACAAAACUUCUUUUUCAGUAGCCUUGAUAUAAUUUGCACGAAACAGUUAAAUUAUAUAUGAUCCCAGAUCUCGCAACCUUUUACGGAGAGAAAACGAUAUUACAUGUUAAGUAUUGUAUUAAGUCAUGUUCUUUGUAAAAAACUACAUGUUUUUGUGUGUCUGUGUCAAUCCAGACUUUGACGUGCACGAUAAGAUGACAGUGAAGAAAUGUGUACUUUGUUUACAAUACAGAGAAAUUUAAACUAGUGUGGUAUAAUUUUACAGGGUGAACACUGAAGAUGUAUAUCUUGGGUGUUUUGAAUGUUAUAUUGGUUUACGUUAAAAUUUUGUAGAAUAUUAAGUUCAUAGUCUUUUUUAUAUUAUAUUAGAACACAUAAUUAAAAUAUAUUGUAAAACUCAGAA